GACGACGCCGACGCAGACGCUAUAAGCGGAAGUAGAUUCUUUCGGUGUCCUUGUGCGACUCAAGCGAAGAUGAACAGACAGAUAUUUGCGCUGCAGAGGAUGGUGCGGCGGAGCAUCUCCAGCUCCAGCCGUCGCCAGGUGGAGAACCAGGUCCCACAGAAGCAGAAACUGUUUCAGGAGGACAACGGCAUCCCAGUUCACUUGAAAGGAGGCCCAGCCGACGCUCUGCUGUACAGAACAACGAUGGUCCUCACCAUCCUGGGAACCGGCUACGUCGUGUACGAGCUGGUGAGCGCAGCGUUCCCUAAGAAGAAAGACUGAAACUCCUAAAUGCUACCGCUGUCUUAUUUCAAUGUUUUAAAAAAAAUAAAUAACAACAACUGGCCAGGUGCUCCUCCUUGUAAUAUAAGUGAUAAAUAACUCCUGUUAUGGUGGGAAAUCUAGUUUCAUGUUCAUGGGAUCAAUAUUUAUUUCUUGUACUCUCCUGUCUCUACCUGACGACCUGAGGAUCAAUACAAUAAAAAACCUCUCAUGACC